GACUCCAGAGCACUUUGCAGCGCUCCCUCCCCGUCCCCGAUGAUUCAGCGCCGACUCGGCCACUAACUCAGGUCACUAACGCGCAACUCUACUGAAGAGGUAAAAGGACUAAAGGAGAAAGAAAAAAGAGAGGAAAGAAAGAGAGAGAAAACCCAGAAGAAGAAAGCGUGAGUCGGGAACGCAGAGACGGGAAAAAGAAGCAAAAUUUCGAGUAGCUUCCCAGAAGGUUGAGCAUUAUUGGCGGCAGGGUAUUUUGGUCAAUUGUCCGAUUGGAUUCCGGCGAUGGCAAGCCCGAUUAUGCCAAGUACCAGUAGCAGGGCUUUGUCGUUGACGCCCGGCGCGAGGGUUUUGCCGACGCGGGUUAGCGAUGAUUCCACGAUCUGGAAGCGGCUUAAGGAUGCUGGGUUGAACGAGGAGUCCAUUAAGAGUAGAGACAAGGCUGCUCUGAUUUCUUAUAUCACAAAGCUUGAAACUGAGAUCUUUGAUCUUCAGCAUCACAUGGGUCUUCUACUGUUGGAGAGGAAGGAAUCUGCUGAAAAACAUGCACAAAUGGAAGCUGCUGCUGAAGCUUCUGAACUCUUGCGAAAACGUGACCAAGCAGCUCAUGCAUCUGCCUUGGCGGAGGCAAAGAAGAGAGAACAAAGUCUGAGGAAGGCUAUAGGAGUUGAGAAAGAGUGUAUAGCUAGUUUGGAGAAGACCCUACAUGAAAUGCGUGCAGAAUCUGCAGAAACCAAGGUUGCAGCUGAAUCUAAAUUGGUUGAAGCACGCAGUAUGACAGAGGAAGCACAGAAAAAAAUUGCAGAUGCAGAGGAAAAAUUGCGAACAGCAGACUCUUUACAAGUUGAAGCCAAGUGUAGUAAGCGAGCUGCUGAGAGAAAACUUCAGGAAGUUGAAGCACGUGAAAAAGAUCUUUCUAGGCGUUUGAGUGACUUGAAAACUGAGUGCAGCGCAAGGGAGAGGGAAAUUGAUCUUGAGAGACAGCACCUGAGUGAAAGGAGGAAGGGUCUUCAACAGGAACAUGAAAGAUUGCUCAAUGGACAAGCAUUGUUUAACCAGAGGGAGGAUUACAUUGCUAGCAAAUCUAAAGAACUUAGCCGGAUGGAAAAUGAUUUGGAAAUUUCAAGGGCCAGUAUUGAGAAAGAACGUAGAGAUCUUACUGGUGAGAAGUCUAACUUGGACUUGACAAGAGCUUCUCUAUCUCAACGAGAACAGGCACUUGUUGAUAAGGAAAUCCUGUUGAACAAGAGAGAGCAAGAUCUACUUGUUAUGCAGGAAAAAAUUGCAAGCAAGGAAUCAGCUGUAAUAGGAAAGGUCACUGCUGAUCAUGAAGCAAUUUUGAGGGCUAGAAAGUCGGAAUUGGAAGCUGAAUUACAAAUGCGAGGUAAGGAGUUCGAAGAUGACCUUGAAUCAAAAAGAAGGGCUUGGGAGUUGAGAGAGGUUGACCUCAAUCAACGCGAAGAUGAGUUACGAGAGAAGGAACAUGAGUUGGAUGCUCGAUCCAGAGGCCUGGCAGAUAAGGAGAAGGAUGUAGCAGAAAAGAUGAGCUUCCUUGAAGAUAGAGAAAAGAGGCUAGAUGAUGCUGAUAAGGAUAUAGAGAUGAGGAGAACCCUAUUACAGAAAGAAACAGAAGACAUCAAAAGAAUCAAACUGGAGCUUCAGGAGUCUUUGAUUUCUUUGGAGGACAAAAGGAUACAAGUUGAUAGUGCAAAGGAGAAAUUGGAGACAAUGAAAAGUGAAACAAAUGAGCUGUCGGAUCUGGAAAUGAAACUUAAAGAAGAAGUUGACCUUGUGAGAGCCGAGAAAGUGAAACUUCUGGCUGAAGAAGAGAGACUAAAAGUGGAGAAGUCCAAAUUUGAAGCUGAGUGGGAGUUACUUGAUGAAAAAAGAGAGGAGCUGCGCAAAGAAGCCGAACAUAUGGCAGAAGAGAGGGAAGCUAUUUCAAAUUUUAUCAAGGAUGAGCGUGAUAGCUUAAGAUUAGAGAAGGAAGAGAUUCGUGAUCAACAUAAGCGUGAUGUUGAACUGUUGAACAGUGAGCGGGAGGAGUUUAUGAAUAAGAUGAUGCAGGAGCGCUCUGAGUUGUUCAAUAACAUUCAAAAGGAGCAUGCAGAUUUCUUGUUGGGAAUUGAGGUGCGGAAAAGGGAGCUGGAAAGCAGCAUUGAAAAAAGACGCGAAGAAGUCGAGAGUUAUCUUAGAGACAAGGAAAAAGCUUUUGAGCUAGAGAAGACAAACGAGAUGGAGUACAUAUGCUCUCUUAAAGAAAAGAUUGAGAAAGAAUUGAAACAAGUAGCCGAGGAGAGGGAGAAGCUUGAUGCUAAAAGACAAGAGGUGCUUGGGGAUCGUGAACAGAUAGAGAAAGAGUGGGAGGUAUUGAAUAGUUCAAUUGAGGAACUCAAGAGCCAAACCGAAAGAUUAGAAAAACAGAGGGAACUACUACAUGCAGAGAGGCAAGAGAUCUGUACUCAAAUUGAGGAUUUGAAGAAGUUGGAGGAUGUGAAAAUUAACUUGGAUAACAUGGAAGUUGCUCAGAUGCAAUUGUCAAGCAUUGAGCGUAGCCAGCGGAAGCUUUCUGAAAUGAAGUAUGUGAAGCAACAUGCUGCCAUACAGGAUGCUGAUUUGGGUCUUGUUACUGUGAAUAAUGGAUCCCCUGCAGUUCCAAACAAAAGUUUUUCUUCACCAGUGAGUCCUGCUCGUUUCUCUUGGAUAAAGCGUUGCACUGAUGUUAUUUUCAAGAAUUCUCUUGAGAAGACCUUGAAGAGUGAAGAGAAGAGUAGGGCUGUUACAGCUACUGGAUUAUCCAUGAAAGAUGAUGAACCAAAAGUGAUUGUGGAAGUUCCCUCUGUGCUUAAGGUUGGAAGGAAAAGAAGAAUAAGUGACUUUCGUCUGCAAAAGUCUGUUGAUCCAGCAUCAAGCCAGAGCCAGAUUAGUAAGAAACAACGGCAGGAACAGGUUCUUGAAGUUGACCCACCAAAGGAUCUCAUUACCAAUGGUAUGACCUCAAAUCAAGCAAGUGAACCAAAUGAUCUGUACACUACUGAAGGAUGUGCUGAAGAUACGAUUAUCGUUGAGAAACUCAUCAAUAUUUCUGAAGUGACGGUUGAUUUGACCAAGGGACAGGAUUUUGCUGAUGUAGAGCUUCUAGAACACCUCAAGGAUGUUGAAAUGCCUCCAGAGCAGAAUAUUAUUCAAGAUGAAAACACAAUUGUUGUGUCCAAAAUAUCGGAGGAUGACCACUUGAAAAGCGCUAGAGAUCAUAUUGAGCAACCUCAGCCUAAAGAAGAUGAUGCAGACCAAAAGGGUAGCGCGACCGAAGAAGAAUCUGGGUUGGCACCAUCUGAUGUCAGCGAGGACAGAGAAAACGUCGGUAGGAGGACAAGGUCGAAAAAGAAGGCAGUAGAGGCGUAGCUGUCCCAUGUUAGCUGAUUCGUGCAUGAUGUAUAGUACAGUGCCAUCUUUUGUUGGUUAUGAUGGAUCUAACCAGCAAAAGUCGUCAUAUUCAGGCAUCAAGUAAUCUGCCCACAACCGUUUCUUUGGUUGUUGGCGAUCAACAGUUUAUGGCAGCUGGCUCAGUAGGGCUAACUACUUACUAUCAUGGUGUGAAGUUUGUAUAUCACUAUUUUCAUUUUAGGGUUUGUUAGGUGAGAGGGUUUCUGUAGUGGUUGAUGGUGUGAAGUAGAUUGGGUUAUGGGAGAACAGAGGGAAUGUGUAGAGUUCUUCCUAACAGGUACUGGUUCUUUGGAUGAGUGUUGGUGGAAAUUGGGAGUGAUUUGCGCGUGUGAAUUGUGUGAGGAAGAUAUGCUUUUAUGCUUGUUAGUUUGGUUGGUUGGUAGAUGGCAUAACAAUAGCUUAAAGACUAAAAUGUGGAAACCAGUCCACAGGAGUGGAAUUCUGAAGGAAAUGUAAUUUUUCGCCCUUGUGGGUGAUUUGGUGAGUGAGAAAUUCUGAAUCUUAAUACCUUACUACUGGUGUGGUGGGUUCUUGUUUUCUGCAUUUAUUGAUAGAGAAAUAGAGCGCUCGUUUGCAC